UUGUAAACAUAGAUCUGUUAAAGAACACAAACGCCAUCUUGACAGCAGCCUUAAAAUGGCAGAGAAAUGCCAGGGAGAAACCGAGCUACGGACAAGGUUUCUUUUAUUGUUUUGAAUAGAUAGUCCCUUCCCUAAUUGUCUACAAACGUAGCUAGGGGGUUGGUGGCCAGUGAGAGAGCCGAAAGACGUUAAAAUGGAUAUCACAACAGCGGUUUUCAACGCGGCCAGAGAUGGUAAGCUGAAACUUAUCCAGAAGUUGCUGAGUAACAAAAGUCCGGAGGAGUUGGAGGCUCUCGCCGAGGAGAAAACGCAGGGAGGCACCCCUCUCCUCAUUGCCUCUCGAUACGGACACUUAGAGGUUGCCGACUAUUUGCUUGAAAAUUGUAAAGCUAACGUGGAACUAGGAGGCUCGGUGAACUUUGACGGCGAGACGAUUGAAGGGGCUCCCCCGCUAUGGGCGGCUUCAGCGGCUGGUCACCUCCCUGUCGUCCGCACACUCCUUAAACACGGUGCCUCUGUCAACAACACUACGCUGACCAACUCAACGCCCCUCCGCGCUGCCUGCUUCGAUGGUCACCUGGAGAUUGUCCGCUACCUGGUGGAACACCGAGCCGAUAUGGAGGUAGCCAAUCGCCACGGCCACACCUGCCUGAUGAUCUCCUGCUACAAGGGCCACAAAGAGAUAGCCAAGUUCCUCUUGGAUCGGGGGGCCGAUGUCAACCGCAAGAGUGUGAAAGGCAACACUGCACUCCACGACUGUGCAGAGUCCGGUAGCCUGGACAUCAUGAAGAUGCUGCUGAAAUGCAAUGCCCGCAUGGAGAGGGAUGGAUACGGCAUGACCCCUCUUCUAGCUGCCAGCGUCACGGGGCACACCAACAUCGUGGAGUACCUCGCCCACCAGCCCCACUCCUCGCGAGAAGAACGCGUUGAUGCUCUCGAACUCCUGGGGGCCACCUUUGUGGAUAAGAAGAGAGACCUCCUGGGGGCCAUGAGAUACUGGAGGAGAGCCAUGGAGCUGAGACAACCAGCUGACAAGCUGGGACUCCUGGCCAAGCCCCCUCCAGGUACCCCUGUCCCUGCCUAUGACUGUGCCCGUGAGGUGAGCACGGCAGAGGAGCUGGAGGCUCUGAUCAUAGACCCUGAUGAGAUGCGGAUGCAGGCCCUGCUGGUACGUGAGAGAAUUCUGGGGCCCUCGCACCCCGACACCUCCUACUACAUCCGCUACAGAGGGGCCGUCUACGCCGACUCGGGCAACUUUGAGCGCUGCAUCAGCCUGUGGAAGUAUGCCCUGGACAUGCAGCAGAGUAACCUGGACCCUCUCAGCCCCAUGACAGCCAGCAGCUUCUUGUCCUUCGCCGAGCUCUUCUCCUUCGUGCUGCAGGACCGGGCCAAGGGCACCCUGGCAACGCGAGUCACCUUCCACGACCUGAUGGGGGUGUUGGGGAAGAGUGUGAGGGAGGUGGAGAGGGCUGUGGCCCAGAGGGACAGCCCCCCCGAAGCCCCCCAGUUCACCAAGGCCCUGUCCAUCAUCCUCCACCUGGUGUUCCUGCUGGAGAAACUAGAGUGCACUGUAGAGCAGGAGCACCUGAAGAAGCAGACAGUGUACCGCCUCCUGAAGCUGAACCCGCGGGCGAGGAGAGGCUUCACCCCCCUGCAUAUGGCCGUGGACAAGGACACCACGUCGGUGGGCCGCUACCCUGUAGGUCGCUUCCCCUCCCAGACUGUGGCCUCGCUGCUGCUGGAGUGUGGGGCGGACGUGGACUCACGGGACUGUGAUAACAACACGCCCCUGCACAUCGCCGCCAGCAACGGUUGCUCGGAGAUCAUGGCGUUGCUGGUGAGGGCGGGGGCACACUUCGACGCCACCAACUCCCAGAGGAAGACCGCAUACAACCUGCUGGACGAACAGAGCAACGGGCACCCGGCCCUCUUCCCCCUCAACUACGUCACUCUGCAGUGCCUGGCGGCACGUGCCAUUGAGAGGCACAGACUGCCCUACAAGGGCCUCAUCUCUGAGGAGAUGGAGGUGUUUAUUGAGCUGCACUGAAACCCCCCUCUUUGCUAAAUAUCCCCACCCUAUCCCCAUCAUUGCCCCAGACGCCUUUUAAACCAUUCAACAAUGACCCCCAUCUUCACCCAUGUCCCCAUGACUCCCCUCACCUUACCCAUGUCCCCAUGACUCCCCUCACCUUACCCAUGUCCCCAUGACUCCCUUCACCUUACCCAUGUCCCCAUGACUCCCCUCACCUUACCCAUGUCCCCAUGACUCCCCUCACCUUACCCAUGUCCCCAUGACUCCCCUCACCUUACCCAUGUCCCCAUGACUCCCUUCACCUUACCCAUGUCCCCAUGACUCCCUUCACCUUACCCAUGUCCCCAUGACUCCCCUCACCUUACCCAUGUCCCCAUGACUCCCUUCACCUUACCCAUGUCCCCAUGACUCCCCUCACCUUACCCAUGUCCCCAUGACUCCCCUCACCUUACCCAUGUCCCCAUGACUCCCUUCACCUUACCCAUGUCCCCAUGACUCCCCUCACCUUACCCAUGUCCCCAUGACUCCCUUCACCUUACCCAUGUCCCCAUGACUCCCUUCACCUUACCCAUGUCCCCAUGACUCCCUUCACCUUACCCAUGUCCCCAUGACUCCCUUCACCUUACCCAAGCCCACCUCCCUUCCCUAUGGUUAUUCUUCUCUGUGCCUCUCCAAACUCCAGACUGUGAGCUGUCUCAGAUUCAGACCAAAUCACAGCAAUAAACCUCCCGGCCACUAAACAUUAUACUGACAACAGACUGGGAGCAUCUUAAUUGUGGCUACAUGCUCUCUUUAGAUGACCUAUGAUUAACACAUGGACACAUUCUAAGUGCUAGGUUGCUAUUUGUUUGCAGGUGGGGGGGAACCUUGACUUGAUUUUAUGCUUUUAUGCUUUCUGUUUGACAUUUUUCUUCUGUUUUUGUCAGUAAGAUGGAGGACUGCUCACAGAAAGGACAGUGUGGCGGUGCCUGUAUGUAUUGGGUGCUGGCUUGUUUUUAGGUGGGAAUGGAAGCUGUAUUACUUGAUAGGACAUGAUCAAAUAUUGCAUGACAUGAGCCUUAAAGAGUGAAUAGGAUAGCUUGUUUGUUAAAUCUGUCUUGUUUUGCAAGUUUAUCGAGAAGCAUCCUUUGAACAAACAAAGUGCACACGCUUGGCUGCUUGGUAUCAAUGUAUUUUUAUCCUCAAUUGAGCAUUAUUUCAUCCCCUGCCUUUCACUUUGACAUUUUCAGGAGUGUUUGAAAACCAUUUUAUGCCAAAACUCUAGCCUUAUAUCGGUUCUAAAUGUGUGAUCUUACAGGUUAGCCUUAUCUUACUGAACUAGCUUACUACGAAUGGAGCACCUAACAACUGUGGUGUGCAGACUAGCAUGGGAACUCUCAUAAGAAUACAGUGUUCUAGCCUACAUUUCUUUAGCUCUGUCUAGACUGUGCAAUGUGUUUUACAGCUUGGUCAAUCUCUGGAAGUCUCCCUCUGGACAGCUUGGAUACUGUGAGAAAGGAGAGAUGGAGAUUUCUCUCCAUCUCCUCCUGAGUGAUUGUUUAUGGACUGUUGAUCCCAGUAUCAGGUCAUCUAUUCAAGCCUAGCUGUCUACAGUCCCUCGUUGUUGAUAUCAAAACCCGAGUUGCUACUAUGAACCACAGAUGCAGGUGAGGAGGAUGGGGAAUGGAUCACACACUGCAUCUUUUUUUUUGGACAGUCAGUUUUGCGUUCUUGUUUUUAUCAUACAUGCUUUCAUUCGUUUCUGUUUGUCCCCAUGUAAAACCCACCUGAUUGAAUGCACUUUGAAAAAACGAACCCCUACAGGGUAACUUUACAACAUCUGGGCUAUGGACUCUGAGCCUUUCUCUCUCAACAACUGAUUUAUUCAUUGAGCUGAUGGUAACUUCAAAACAAAACUGUGUUGAGAUACUUGAAUAAAAUUCAGUAUCCCUGCA